GGACAAUCUUCAGUCACCUGCUGAUAACAUACAGCUUCAGCAUUGUGUAGAUAUUCGCAUGUAGAAUUGUAAUACCCGGGACGUCCGGGAACCACUGCCGUAGCCGUCUUGAGUCACACGCACGGUGACGGAUGACAUCUGCCUCUUCAUGACAUUCCAGCAUCUAAUUUACAGGACUGGUUAACAAAAAAAAUAUCCAUGUACGUGCAGGGUUUGGAUUGAUUGAUUCAGAUGAUCAGUUUCUUUCAGUGAUCACGAUCAAGUUUUACAUCGUGCGCAUUCAUGGAGACCCAGACUUCAUAUCUACGUCUCCUAGCUGCUGGCUCCAACGCUCGCGGUCAGCUAGCCAAUGGUUCCGAUUACGAUUCACAUACUUUCAAAGAGUGCCGCUUCAUAAACUGCGCACAGGGUACGCUUCCUCCCAAUGCGCUCGGCAUCUUGCAGCUUGCGACUGGAGCAAACCACACUCUCGCAUUGUUGGAGUUUGGUGACGGCGGAAGGGAGCUUUGGGGGUGUGGAGAUGGACGUAAAGGGCAGCUGGGUCCUGAAUACAUGGGACAGUUGACAGAAUUCACGCCGAUCAGCAUACCCUUGUACCAAACUUAUGCUUCCCAAGGAUAUGCCUGCUGUCUCAUCGCUGCCGCUUGGGAGACUUCAUAUCUUGUUUUGAAAUCUCCUUCCCGAUCAGACGUGGUCAUCUCGAUGGGUUCGAAUGACUUUGGGACACUCGGUGUGGGCACAAAACAAGCUACGGCAACUCCGACGGUUGUUUCAUUUGAUCACCUCACUAUCGAGGGACGUUCUACCAAUUCCAAUAAGCUCGUUGUCGAGUCCAUUGUUGCAGGACCUCGUCAUGUCAUACUUCAUGUACGAGCCGGUCUCAAUAAUGAAGAUACGCUCAUUGGCUGGGGUUUGGCCAGACAUGGCCAACUAGGGGAUACGAAGAUCGUAAACUAUGACCGCCCUUACAUCAUUUCCCUUGAUGUAUCUUCAGAUCCGGUGCAAGCAUAUUCUCUCGGUCUCCAACAUACCAUCGUCUGCCACCAAUCGGGGCGGACAACAGCCUUUGGAUCUAACAAGAAAGGACAACUCCAUAGGAUGGAUUCUUGGAGGCGUGUUCGACAAGUUGGAUGCACGUGGAAUGGUACAUAUCUUCUCAGAGACGAUGAUGAAAAUACCCUUAUAUCAACGGGAAGUAAUGCCCAUGGUCAACUAGGUCGGGAGUCGCAAGUCGAGGAGAAUGGGGUUACCGUCGGGCCUGUCGAAUUUACCUUAUCUCACGAUGGCAAAUUGCCUUCACUGAGAUCCCUUGCUUGUGGCAGCGAACAUGUGAUGGCAGUGAUCUCUCCCUUUGGCUCAUCAGACAUGGAAGUUUGGGGUUGGGGGUGGAACGAGCAUGGUAACUUGGGGCUGGACCAUAUGGAUGAUGUGUUGAAGCCCAUCAAGAUCUGGCCAGCAAGAGGACACGCACUGGAGGGAAGAAUUGCUCGAGUAUGGGCUGGAAAUGGGACUAGUUGGAUAUUGUUACAAACGCAACGAUGAAGCUUUGAAGUGCGAUCUCAUGAAUGUGUGUUCCUACGUACAGUACUGACUCUAAGUGUAUUCCCCACCACUUCUCUGUUGCCUCGUCAAGUUCCACCAAUCGCCGAUCCUCACGUAAAGAUAACCAUCGGGAUGACUCGUCAAUAACUUUCCAUCAAAAUCCCGAAGAAGAAUAUCAUCUCGACCGUGUCCUCCAGACAAUGCAACACAUGUGCUGAACGGAGCAAGUUCUCCACUGCAAAGUUGAACUUUCAGAACACUAUCCUCCCCGGGGCCUAGCCUACGGGAUUAACACGCGCUUUCAGGCAGUGAGGAGGAGAUGGGACUCAGAUUUGUGUCAAGUACAAGGCAAAAGCUGCUGC